GGAGCUGCCCGGUAACUUUUCCUGCUCUCACUCUCACUCUCACUCACCCUGGCCGGGGAGAGAAGCCACGGGACGGCGGAGCCAGCCCAGUCUCCGGGGCGGGUUCAGGAUGUGGCUGGGGGCGGCUGGGGGCGCGCUGCUGCGGGGGCUCCUGCUGCUCGGCCCAGGCAUUUUGAAUUGUUGUAUGGCAUACAAUGUUGGACUCCCAAAAGCAAAGAUAUUUUCUGGUCUUUCCAGUGAACAGUUUGGUUAUGCAGUACAGCAGCUCAUAAAUCCAACAGGCAACUGGUUACUGGUUGGCUCACCCUGGAGUGGCUUUCCCAAGAACCGAAUGGGAGAUGUAUAUAAAUGUCCUGUUGAUCUAUCUACUGCCACCUGUGAAAAAUUGAAUUUGCAAACAUCCAUCAGCAUCCCUAACGUUACUGAAAUCAAGACCAACAUGAACCUUGGCCUGACACUCACAAGGAACGUGGCAACUGGAGGAUUUCUUACAUGUGGCCCACUCUGGGCACACCAGUGCGGCAGUCAGUAUUAUACAACUGGCGUUUGCUCUGAUGUCAGUGCCGAUUUUCAGCUCUUGGCCAGCUUUUCACCUGCAGUUCAGGCCUGCCCUUCCCGCAUCGAUGUUGUGGUUGUAUGUGAUGAAUCAAAUAGCAUUUAUCCUUGGGAGGCAGUCAAGAACUUCUUGGAAAAAUUUGUGAGUGGCUUGGAUAUAGGUCCCGGAAAAACACAGGUGGGGUUGAUUCAGUAUGGCAAUAAUCCAAGAGUUGUGUUUAACCUAAACACAUUCAAAACCAAAGCCGAAAUGAUUAAAGCAACAUCCCAGACAUACCAACAUGGUGGGGACCUCACAAAUACAUUCAAAGCAAUCGAAUAUGCAAGACAAAAUGCUUUUUCAGCUGCUUCUGGUGGGAGAGCAGGUGCCACCAGAGUCAUGGUAGUUGUGACGGAUGGAGAGUCUCACGAUGGUUCAAAGCUGAAAGCUGUGAUUGAGCAAUGCAACAAUGACAACAUACUGAGGUUCGGCAUAGCAGUCCUUGGGUAUUUAAACAGAAACGCCCUUGAUACUAAAAAUCUAAUAAAAGAAAUCAAAGCAAUUGCCAGCGUUCCGACAGAAAGGUACUUUUUCAAUGUGUCUGAUGAAGCAGCCCUGCUAGAAAAGGCUGGGACCAUAGGAGAACACAUUUUCAGCAUUGAAGGCACUCGGCAAGGGGGAGAGAACUUCCAGCUGGAAAUGUCACAAGUGGGAUUCAGCGCAGAUUUUGCUCCUCAAAAUGACAUUCUGAUGCUGGGGGCCGUAGGAGCAUAUGACUGGAGUGGGACUAUUGUCCAACACACAUCUCGUGAGAACUUGAUAUUCCCUAAACAAGCCUUUGACCAGAUUCUGCAAGAUAGAAAUCAUAGUUCAUACUUAGGUUACUCUGUGGCUGCAAUUUCUACUGGAAAAGGCAUCCGUUUUGUUGCUGGUGCUCCCCGGGCUAAUUACACGGGCCAGAUAGUGCUGUACAGUGUAAAUGAGAAGGGAAAUGUCACAGUUAUUCAGUCUCAUAGAGGUGAUCAGAUUGGCUCGUAUUUUGGAAGUGUGCUGUGUUCAGUGGAUGUGAAUAAAGACGGCAUUACAGAUGUGCUUUUGGUAGGUGCGCCAACAUAUAUGAGUGACCUAAAGAAAGAAGAAGGAAGAGUGUACCUGUUUACUAUCACAAAGGGCAUUUUGAAUUGGCAUACAUUUCUUGAAGGUCCCAGUGGAGUUGAAAAUGCUCGGUUUGGUUCAGCAAUUGCGGCGCUCUCUGACAUCAACAUGGACGGCUUUAAUGAUGUGAUCGUUGGCUCACCUUUGGAAAAUCAGAACUCUGGAGCUGUGUACAUCUAUAAUGGUCAUGGGGACAGCAUUCGCUCAAAGUAUUCCCAGAAAAUUCUGGGGUCUCAUGUAGCCCAUCUGCAGCUGUUUGGGAGAUCCUUGGAUGGAUACGGAGAUCUGAAUGGAGAUUCCAUUACUGAUGUGUCUGUGGGUGCCUUUGGUCAAGUGGUUCAGCUUUGGUCACAGAGUAUUGCCAAUGUGUCUGUAGAUGCUUCUUUCACACCAGAAAAGAUCACUCUGGUCAACAAGAAUGCUGAAAUCAAUCUCAAACUCUGCUUCAGUGCUCAGUUUAGACCUUCCAAGGGGAACAAUCAAGUGGCCAUUACAUAUAACGUCACACUUGACGCAGACCGGUACUCAUCCCGAAUCACCUCGAGGGGUUUAUUUAAAGAAAACAAUGAAAGGUUCCUGCAGAAGAACAUGGCGGUCCAUGCAGCACAGAGUUGCUCUGAGCAUGUCAUCCACAUACAGGAGCCCUCUGAUGUUGUCAGCUCUUUGGAUCUGUGUGUGAACAUCAGUCUGGAAAAUCCUGGCACCAGUCCUACCCUUGAAGCCUACUCUGAGACAGCCAAGGUCUUCAGUAUCCCUUUCUAUAAGGACUGUGGUGAAGAUGGACUUUGUAUCUCUGAUCUAGUUCUAACUAUACAACAGCUGCCAGCGGCUCAAGAGCAGCCCUUUAUCGUCAGCAACCAAAACAAAAGGUUAACAUUUUCAGUGACACUGGAAAACCAAAAGGAGAGUGCUUACAACACGAGAAUUGUCAUAAAUUCUUCAGAAAACUUGUUCUUUGCUUCCUGUUCUAUGCCGGUUGAUGGCACAGAAGUGACAUGUCAGGUUGCUUCAUCUCAGAGGUCUGUCACCUGUAACGUAGGCUACCCAGCUUUAAAGAAGAAACAACAGGUGACUUUUAUGAUUAUCUUCGAUUUCAAUCUCCAAAACCUUCAGAAUCAGGCAUCUGUCACUUUCCAAGCCUUAAGUGAAAGCCAAGAAGAAAAUGAGGCAGAUAAUCUGGUCAGCUUCAGAAUUCCCCUGCUCUAUGAUGCUGAGAUUCACAUAACAAGAUUCACCAACAGAAAUUUUUAUGAAGUCUCCGCAGAUAGAACUGUUCCUUCUCUUGUGCACAAUUUUGAGGACAUUGGUCCAAAAUUCAUCUUCUCCAUUAAGAUAACAACCGGAACUGUUCCAGUAAGCAUGGCAUCUGUAACCAUCCACAUCCCUCAGUACACCAAAGAAAGGAACCCACUAAUGUACUUGACUGGCGUGCAGACUGACCAGGCUGGUGACAUCAGCUGUAACGCAGAAAUAAACCCACUGAAAAUUGGACAAACAUCUGCUUCUGCAUCAUUCAAGAAUGAAAAUUUCCAGCAGAUAAAAGAUUUGAACUGCAGAACAGCUUCCUGUAGUAAUUUUACCUGCUGGCUGAAAGACCUUCAUGUGAAGGGAGAAUACUUUCUUAAUGUGUCUACCAGGAUUUGGAAUGGGACUUUCGCAUCAUCCGCUUUUCAGGCAGUCCGGCUGACAGCAGCUGCUGAGAUCGACACCUAUAACCCUGAAAUAUAUGUGAUAGAAGAAAACUCCAUCACGAUUCCCCUUAUAAUUAUGGAGCCCUCUGAGAAAGCUGAAGUACCAACGGGAGUUAUAAUAGGCAGUGUAAUUGCCGGACUCCUUUUGCUGUUAGCGCUGGUUGCAGUUUUGUGGAAGCUUGGCUUCUUCAAAAGAAAAUAUGAAAAAAUGACCAAGAAUCCAGAUGAGACGGACGAGCUGACAGAACUCAACAGCUGAACUCACCCAGCUACCACUGCAGUGAGCAAGGGUGCUUCACAGCCAGGGGUUACUAGUUGCUUGAAUGGAUUUUUUUUGUUAAUUCCAGUUUUAUUUUUCUAAUGUAAUAAGUAAACUAACCUGAUAUUUUAUUUGAGGAGAACUGCAGGUCAGUUUGCAAAGAAGACAUUUGGGGUGGGUGGGGGACUAUCAAGGGUUAAAAAAAAAAAAAAAGGUCUUAUUUUCUAUGGAGAAAAAGUACUCAGUGCUGGCUGGCCCAGAGCUUUCUUUUUUUUUCUUUUGCCUCUAGGGUUAUUGCUGGGGCUCAGAGCCUGCACUGUGAAUCCACUGCUCCUGGAGGCCAUUUUUUCCCCCUUUUGUUGCCCUUGUUGUUGUAGCCUUGUUGUGGAUAUUAUUGUUUUUGUUGAUGUCAUUUGUUAUUGGAUAGGAACGAGAGAAAUCAAGAGAGAAGGGGAAGACAGGGGGAGAGAAAGACAGACACCCGCAGACCUGCUUCACCACCUGUGAAGCGACUUCCCUGCAGGUGGGGAGCUGGGGGCUAGAACCGGGAUCCUUAUGCCGGUCCUUGUGCUUUACGCCACGUGCACCUGACCCACUGCGCUACCGCCCGACUCCCUCAGAGCUUUCUUAAUAAUGUGCAUUAUGUCAGGAGCAUAUAGUGCUUUUAAACAGAACAAAUGUUCAAAAAAGUAUAUAACUUUCUUGGAUCUUUGGAAUGGGGGGGGAUCCAGUUGUUUAAGAAUAAUUGCUAUAGCUUUUGAACAGCAACAACCAAAGUGUAAGUACUUGACAUACACAGCUAACUAACUAGGACCUUGAUGUUAAUGACAAAGAAACUUCUACUUAGGCUGCUCACCCAAAGCUGGCAGGAUGUUUUCAGUGAUUUUGAGUUUGUUUAUGAAAUAGGUAAAAAAAUCUACUGUUGUUGGUCCACACUGCCUCCCCUGAGCCCCUUCUUGCUAGACUUCACUCUUUACACCAUGUACAAAUAACAAAUGAGAGAGUCUAGAGGUAGCCUCUUGCAGAAGAAAACACCAGUUAUACUGAGGAAAGGGAGUCAUUUGGAAGUCAAGACACAACAUUUUGUUAAAAAUUGAACAUAAAAUAAUUUAUCAUCUCUAACAAUAGUAUUUAUGGAAAAUCCUGGAGGUCUAAAUGCUAGAGACCUUGUUCCAUUGUCUUCUAGCAAGUACCUAAUUACUUUUUUUUUUUUUUUUGAGCCCUACUCAGCUCUGGCUUGUGGUGGUAUUAGGGAUUGAACCUGGGUUCUUGGAGCCUCAGACACAAGAGUCUUUUGCAUAAUCAUUAUAGUAUCUCCCUUCCCCACCAAGCAGAAUUUUUGAAAAGCUAGUAAUAUCUUCAGCACCCUGGCUGCUUAAGUACUAAGCCAGCUGUUCCCCUGCCUCCUGGUUUCCCAGCUUCUUAGAGGCCACUCUGCCUUCCAGAUGCAUCCGCCCUUAACCACUCACCCAGCCUCCCUUCCCCUCCGGGUAGCUACUCUUUAUCAGGUGUAGAAGGAGAAUGAUAUCUGCUUAAUUUCCAUGCUUGUAAGAAUGACUGUAUAAUCUCCUUAACUAGGAGCAGUUAUUUUUAUUUAUUACUAAACAAGUAAGAAAAAUAAUAGUGCAUUUGUAAUGACUGGAAUUUCAGGCAUAUUGUAGACAAAGUACAAUAAAACGACCACUCAGGAAUUUGCAUGAAAGUACAGGGAAACACAGAGAACCACUGAAGAGCAGCUGUGCCCUGUGGGCCUGCCUGUUUUCAGAAUGCUUACAUCUUUUUAAAUGUUUUUAUUGUCUUUAUUUAUUCGAUAGAGACAGCUAGAAAUCGAGAGGGUAGGAUAGAGAGAGAGGGAGAGAGAAGGAGAGACACCUACAGCCCUGUUUCACCACUUGCAAAGCUUUCCCUCUGCAGGUGGGGACUCGGGGCUUGAACCCGGGUCCUUGAGCACUGUAACAUGUGCACUCAACCAGGUAUGCCACCACCUGGUCCCAGAAUGCUAAAUCUUCCAGAAGAAUAUAUUGCACUGGGGCAAGUCUGUACACAAGAUGGAGUCUUAGGCCCCAAGCACAGAGCCUUCUACUGGUCUGAGUAGGAGGCAGCCCAGGACUGUAGCCAGCAUCCCAGCCACCAUGAUGCAAACAAACCAUAGUGUGGGCAACACCCCCCAGUUCUGAUUCUGUACAUGUUUUUCUGUUUCUGAUUCCACACAUCCUCUUGGAGAGAGUGGGGGGUUGGGUGGGAAGGGCAGAGACAGAGGUGGUGGGGACUGUCAGAGGGCUCUGGUCAAGUCACUAUACCUCUACACUUGAGUGUCCUUAUUAUGAAAUGGGAAGGCUGGAUUGGAGCUCAGCAGUGUGCCAUUUUAACUUUAAAAGCAAAGGAGGAAAGGAGGGUGUGGGUGGUGGUGCACCUGGUUGAGUGCAAAGGUUACAAUGCUCUAGGACCUGGGUUCGAGUCCCUGGUCCCCACCUGCAAGGGGAAAGCUUCACGAGUUGUGAAGCAGGGCUACAGGUGCCUCUCUGUCUCUCUCCUUCUGUCACCCCUUUCCAUCUAUGUCUGACUGUCCCUAUCGAAUAAAUAAAGAUAAUUAAAAAAUACAGGCAGGAAAAAAAAAUCUAAGAAUAGGAGAGACAAACAAGUGUUUUUCCUUGUACAUCCACUCCUUGAAAGGUAUCUGCAUGGCUGACAAUUUAGUUUACUUUUGACAAGACAGAUAAGAAUGGUUAUAAAAAGUUAGGGCUUAUGUGGCACACCUGGUUAAGUGCACAUAUUACCAAGCACAAGGACCCAGAUUCAAGCCUCUGGUCCCCACCUGCAGGGGCAAAACUUCACAAGCAGUGAAGCAGGGCUGUAGCUGUCUGUCUUUCUUUCCUCUUUUACCUGCUCUUCUCUCUUAAUUUAUCUCUGUUCUAUCAAAUAGAAUAAAGUUGGGGGGGAAAGUCAUGGCUUUAUAUCAAAAACAGAGUGGCAACUCUAGUCAGAUGUGCUAGAACUUGAUCCUAAUAAUAGCUGUGUAUAAAACUGUCAUUUUUAGAAGAGUAGAAACUGGUCAUAGAUCAAAGCAUAUUUAAUGAACCAAGUACCUACUGGGCAUGCCAGUCCUAGGUUUCUAGUGAACUGUACAGAGCCUGCCGUUCUUUUUAUUUUAUUCUGCCUCUCAGAUAAGCACAAAAAUGAGCUUACAUGCACACAGUGAGCUCGAGAAAUUUGGCAAGAAGCAAUUCAGUUCCUCUGCCUUGAUGAUGCUGUUUUCAUAUCUCUGAAUAAGCUAAACAGAUAGCCAAUUUUCUUAAACUAGGAUGGGGCCUCUCAACCUUGGCCAGAUAAUUUUUUUUCAAUAUUUUAUUUAUUUAUUUAUUUAUUGGCUAGAGACAGAGAAAUUGAGAGAGGAUGGGGAGAGAGACAGAGAGACACCUGCAGCACUGCUUCACCACUCAUGAAGUUUUCCCUGCAGGUGGGGACCAGGGGCUUGAACCUGGGUCCUUGUGCACUGUGAUGUGUGCACUCAACCAGGUGCACCAGCCUGGCCCUGCACAGAUAAUUUUAAUGGAAGACUGUCCCAUGCAUUGCAAAAGGUUCAGCGAUAGCCUUGGCUUCUACCUACCAUGUCCCAGGGGGCACUGUCCCCCUUGCCAUAACCAUUGAAAGCGUCUGCAGAUGUUGUACUUGCUUCCUGGGAGGCAAAAUCAUCCAGCCUGAGAACUAGUGCACCACGAGCCAGUGGCCCACAUAGAUAACUUGUGCUCCCAGAGCACACAUGUGAGCCGGAGACUCCAGUGGUGACUAUUUUCAAGCUCUGUUAAGCAAAGGUGACUGCAGGCUCUCGAAUAAUAAAGUUGUGUCAUUCAGUGGCAUAUCUGCUAGGAUACUAAUGAGGAGAAAUCUCAGAUGACACAGAAUGAAAAAUGCUUACUGGAGAGCCUGGCUUUAUUUUUUUUCUAAGUUUUAAUUUUACUUACGUUUUUUAUAUAACAAAACACGGGGCAAUUUUGUGAAAACCCGUUAACAAGACAGAUACAUAUAAAUCAAGGACAAUGACCUAAGGAGGGGAGAAGGGUGCUGCAAACUCCUGACCUCACACUUCUAGCCUCCCCCCAAAAAAUGUGAUAAAGUGAUCUGUUGUUUAAGCCACUCAAUCUAUGACACAUUGCUAUGCAAGCAGUUAGAUAUGAAAUAUAUUUUUUAAAAAAAAUACAAUAAUUUAUACAUGUAUAUAACAUUUCUCAAUUUUCCACAGAACAAUUCAAACCCCUCUAGGUCCUCCGACAUUAUGUUCCAGAGCUGAACCCCCCUCAGCCUGGUUUUAUAAUAUAGCAUCUUUGUUUAUAGCACCAGCUAGCAAGACACCAUGCAUGAUUUAAAUGAUCACUUACUGUAUUCAUCUAAGAACUUAAAGAGAAAAACAUUGUUUUUCUCUUAAUAGAAUAGAAAUAGGAUGCAUUUCUAUUCAGCCAUGUUUUUGUUUAAACAGGAUAGAGGAUACAGGGUUUAAAAGUUUCCGUUUCACAACUGGGUCUUAGACUGUUUAUACAAUGUGAUAAAACUGAGUGGCUGGCUCUGGCUAUGGACACCACAGAGUAACUUUAGGAUUGCAUGUGGAGAGAUGGUAUUGAUAUUUGAGACCAUGCAUUGUUUGCUUUAGCGGCAAAAUGAGAACCUCUAAAUCAGUAGAUUUUUUUUUUUUUUUGCAGCUGGCAGUGUUAUUUUUAUACAGUAAAGGAAGUUAUUCACUGUGAAAAGUAAACUGAAGUCACUGUAUCAGAACUACACAAGUGAUUACAUUUAAAACUGUUAGAAAUGUAGAAUUUUACCGUGUGCUGAUUUUGAUAGGAAGCUGAAACUAUUUGUGAAAAUCUCGUAAAUCAUUAGGCCGAAAGCAGGACUUCUCGAUCUGAGUUGCCUGGUUCAUUCUUAGCAUUUCAAGUUACUCAUGGCAAAUAACUGUGUGCAAAACCUUUGAGGACGGCUUCUUCACUGUAAGUGGAAGCAUAUUCAUUUAUUCAAACUGACAGACGAAAAGACCUAGAAAUAAAAGAAAAACAUGAGGAUAAAAUGUGAAAUAAGUAAAAAAACGCUAACUAAUUUAAAUCUUAAAGAGUGAAAAUGGGGUGAGGGUAGAUAGCAUAAUGAUUAUGCAAACAGAGUCAUGCCUGAGGCUCCAAAGUCCUAGGUUCAAUCCCCCACACCACCAUAAGCCAGAGCUGAGCGGUGCUCUAGUUAAAAAAAAAAAAAAGAAAAAAGAAAAAAAAAAAACCUGAAAAUGUAGCAAAUGUGUAAAUAUAAAAUGAUGGUUUCAUAUGGGCCUGAUUUAUUUUGACAGAUAAACUGUAAAUGUAUAUAUUGCACAACUAUUAGAAUUGUAUAGUUUUAAACAGAACUGAAUGGAUUAUUUUCCUUUAUUCAAAAUGAAUACAUGGGGGGGGUGUAACUCAGUGUAAACCAUUUGACUGCAAAGUGAACACAUUUUUAUAAAGCUGUAGUAAGUAUAUUUACUUUUUUAAAAUUAACUGGUUUGUCUUUUAUUUCGGCACUAAGAGUAUAAAAGUAAAUGUAUACAUGUUCGUAUUUCUUGUUGAACAAUUAAUUUGAUUUCUGAGAAGCAAAAGUCCCAUCAGAGCAGUAACAAACAGGUUUAGGGAUUUGGGUUUUUUUUUUUUUUUUUUUUUGGUGAAAAAUAUGAAUCCACAGUAUUAUUUAAUUAUAAACUACUCUUUUCACAUGUUACUUAAUAUGUACAAAUUGUUCUGAAAAUAAAUCUAUUUGCUGCUUUG